AUGAUUUACCUUUCUGUCUAUUUGGCCCUGCAAUUGUUAUCGACCAUCUACCUCCUUCUCCAAAGUUGUGGCGGCAAGAAAAAGCCGGACGCUGAAAAAAAAGCAAAGAGCAAAUCGAAAUCCAAGAAGAAGGAUAAAAAAGCUGACAAAGGAAAAGAGGAGGAGAAGAAAAAGGAGGAGAAGGAAGAAGAGAAGAAAGAGGAAGAAAAGAAAGACGAAAAGAAAGAGGAAGAAAAGAAAGACGAAAAGAAAGAAGAAGAAAAGAAAGAAGAAGAGAAGAAGGAGGAGAAGAAGGAAGACAAGAAGGAAGAGAAAAAGGAAGACAAGAAGGAAGAAAAGAGCGAAGGCAAGAAGGAAGGGGAGAAGAAAGAAGACAAAAAAGAUGAAGAAAAGAAAGAAGAGAAGAAAGAGGAAGAAAAGAAAGACGAAAAGAAAGAUGAAGAAAAGAAAGAGGAAGAAAAGAAAGACGAAGAAAAGAAAGACGAAGAAAAGAAAGACGAAAAGAAAGAAGAAGAGAAGAAAGAAGGUGAUGCAGAGGAGAAGAAGAAGGAGGAAGGGGAAGAGCUUCCGCUAGAUAAGACAAUGGCUUCUCAGGACGAAGCGGGGUCUAAAGAGAAAGGGGGGUCCAAAGAAAAGCCUCAAGAAGACCAGAAAAAGCCAGGAGAAGUAAAGUUGAACGUCAACAGUUUGGCAUGGGAGGAGAAAAAAUCGCAGCAGGUGCUGAAAGUCACAAAUGAGACGGACAAGAAACAGGCAAUGAAAAUCAAGUGCUCCAACAAUGCCAUGUUCAAGGUGAAUCCAGUUUUCGCCAUGGUGGAGGUGGGCAAGACUAUCGACGUUGUCAUAAGUCGAGAAGGCGGUCCUGUAAAACCCGAGAAGCUCGUCAUCCUGACUACACCGUAUGAUGGAACCGAUGCACAGAAAGCUUAUGCAGACAAGGACAAGGUCAAUCCAAACACUCAUGUUCUUCCACUAGUGGCAAAAACCUGA